GUCAAAGUGGAACGAUUUACGCAUGUGACAUUGAAAACGAGAAGGGGUAAAUGCAAUUUUCUGAUUGAUAAUUUGGAAAUGUAUGGUAUAUGCAUUGGUUUGCUAUCUAUUUUAGUUGCGUUUUCUGUUUUGUGGAGACGAUUGACUUUCAAUCUUCCUUGAAUCCUCGGCAUGCAUCUCUCUUUUCAAGCUAACUAACGUUAGCGAAAUGUCAACAUAAUGUCACAACAAUUAGCUACAUUGCUAGCGCUAUUUUUUUCGGUUUAGGGCUACUAAAAUUAAGCUAACUAGCUACAUAUACGCUUGGCAACGUACUACUAACCAGAAAAUUCCAGGAAAAUGCGAUUAACAGCCAUACUGUCGAUGGCCGCUAAGGCUGCCUUCCCUAAAGACUAUCGCUACGGCACAAGUCGGCCAUGGACCAUAGCUGCCAAAAGAUUGAACCCACCAGGCAAGAAGAGAAGAAAGGUGUUCAUUGAGCCCAUAGCUUAUGAGGACUGGUCUGUUUUCAAAGGGGACACAGUUGAGAUUCUCUCUGGGAAAGACAAAGGAAAGCAGGGCAAAGUGGCCCAGGUCUUCAGACACAGAAACUGGGUCAUCCUGGACGGGUUGAACACGCAUUUCAGGUACAUUGGGAAAACUGCAGAUUACCGGGGGACCUAUAUUGCCAGCGAGGCUCCCCUUCUAAUCCGAGACAUCUCACUUGUCGACCCUACUGACAGGAAACCCACUGAGGUGGAGUGGAGGUUCACAGAGGAGGGGGAGAAGGUGCGCGUCUCCCUCAGGACGGGCCGCAUUGUCCCCAAACCAGUGUUCCAGCGCAGAGACGGCAUCGUACCGCAGCAGUGGAAGGACGGCCCCAAGGACACCAGUCCGGAGGAAACCCUGGAGAAGACUUACACGCCCUCCCUCAAGACUCUGGAGGAGGAGGUGAUGGAGAAACUGGGCAUCGAGGAACCCAGGAGGAACCGGAAGACCUACUGGUACUGAGGGGGAAUACCAUUCUGGUGUCUGGGCCACAUAGCCACAGGUUGGGUUGGGGCGUUGCAUCCACGGUAUCCCUACUGAAUGCUCUUUAUGGACCUACAGUAGGCCUAUAUCUGUGUAGUAAAGAAAUGUUCCACAUCGCUCAGUCCAGAUGGAUAUCAGGAAUGGGUUGAGUGAGUACAGUAACGUGAUGGGAAUCUUCAUGUGCACAUAGAGAUGUAACUGCAUUUCAGGUCCUCUGCCAGGCGUAAAUUCAGCAGCAGUCACUAUUUAUGAUGCUUUCAGAGUUUGUCUCAAAUGUUUUGGUUUGUUUUUAUCAUAAAUAAAUGUCUAAGUAAUCUACAA